AAAAAACAAAAAAUUAAAAAAAGACGCGGUCAAUCCACGCGCGCUCAGUCAAUUCCCGCCGACACACCGUCCGUCCGUCUGUCUCUCUGACCGACCGGGACACCUGCUCCGACUCUCAGGAAACCUGAAAAAGGAUGUCAAAUGAACAGAAACCUGCUGACCACGGCCAUGCCGUUGGACUCAUCAUCUUUGUGCUCGGUCUGGGAACUCUGCUGCCCUGGAACUUCUUCAUCACAGCCUCACAGUAUUUCAACGAGCGCCUCGCAGCACCAAACACCACCUCUAACGGCACCUCAGGCAGCACGUCCAAAGACUACAACUAUGACAGCUGGAUGGCUUUGCUCUCCCAGCUGCCCCUGCUGCUGUUCACCCUGCUCAACUCCUUCCUGUAUCAGUGGGUGAGAGAGCGUUUCCGUGUGGCCUUCAGCCUGGUCGGCAUCUUCCUCCUCUUCUCCCUCACUGCUGCUCUGGUCCAGGUCCCCAUGCAGCCGGACGCCUUCUUCUCCAUCACCAUGGCAACCAUCUGGUUCAUUAACAUGUUCGGUGCAGUGCUGCAGGGCAGUCUGUUCGGAGUGGUCGGUCUGUUUCCUCCUCGCUACUCCACUCUGUUCAUGAGCGGUCAGGGUCUGGCCGGCAUCUUUGCUGCCGUCGCCAUGCUGUCCUCCAUCUUGACGAAACCGGAUCAAAGCUCGGCUGCGUUGGGAUACUUCAUCACUCCGUGCGUCGCCACUCUGGGGACUCUGCUGUGUUACCUGCUGCUGCCUCACCUGGAAUUUGCCCGUUUUUAUUUGACCAGAAGUCAGGAGACAUCGCAGGAGCUCCUCAGCAGCACAGACAAAAGCAUUGUGAACAUCAGUGAAAAAGAGCUCGAGGCUGAAAGAACGUUCAUCAGUGAACCAGAGGAGCGUUCCUCCGUCCUGGCCGUCUUCAAGAAGAUCUGGCUGAUGGCUCUGUGUGUGACGUGUGUGUUCGCCGUCACCCUGUCGGUGUUUCCUGUCAUCACAGUUCGAGUCCGGACGGUCUACAGGGACAACACUGUCUGGGACAAAGUGUUCACCUGUGUUUGCUGCUUCAUCGUUUUUAAUGUCAUGGACCUGGUGGGUCGCAGCACUCCGUCUCUCCUCCAGUGGCCGUCGAAGGAGAGCCGUUUGUUUCCAGCCGCCGUGUUGCUUCGUCUGGUCUUCAUCCCUCUGCUCAUGUUGUGCAACAUCCAGGACUCCAACCUCACCGUCUUCAGUCACGACAGCUGCUUCGUCAUCAUCAUGGCUCUGUUCUCCUUCUCUAACGGAUACCUGGCCAGCCUCUGCAUGGCCUACGCCCCACAGUUGGUGCGCUCUAAGGACUGUGAGACAGCCGGCUCUCUGAUGACCUUCUUCCUCGUUCUGGGUCUGGCUGUGGGAGCAUCGUUCUCAUUCCUGCUGGGAAAACUGGUUUAGAUCACCUCAUGGAACUUUAUUCAUGACUGGCGGAAAGUUUGAUCAGGAUGAAACAAGGUGGAGCAUCUCAUUCGAUGAAACAGCUUAAAAAAAUAACCGCAAAGCAAGUAAAAUCGCUUUGAGUUUGCACUAUUAUUUUAUUGGCACAUUCAGAAUAGCAAAAUGCAUUAUUUCUUAUCUCGAUCAACACACCUGCAUUAGAUAUAUCACAAGGUACUGAGCUGUGCUUUUAUUAAAGUAGUCGGCAACAAUCUGGAGACGGUAAAAUGCCAGAAUCUGAACAUACAGCCCUCCUGUCACUUCAGCUCAUUACUGGAGGCCAAAAAAAAAAAGUCGGGGAUUCAGCCACUGGGAUUCAGACCUUACUCCACUGCACCGCCUCUUCUGCUUUCACUGCAGACCUCGUUAGGUUUUUAGUCUUAAAGACUGAGAGAGACUCUGCAGAUGGAACAGAGUUUGGUAACUCGCAGAAGAGUCUAGCUAUCGACUAACCACCACAGCAGGACUCUGCUGGACAGUCCUCUUCUGUGGUUCCCCGACGGUGGAAUGAGUUACCAAACUCUGUUGUUCUAAAAGUGUAGAGACUGAAGAAAGAAACUGUUUCUACACCAGCGGAGCACAAAUCCAUAUCAGUUCCUUAGAAGAGGAUCAAAUGCAACAUUUUUGGUCCAAAGUCUUGAAAGUUGGCAUCAGAUGUGUGUUUAGAUGAAUAAAUUAGCUGUUCUUUGAGAAGUUAGUUCCUGAUUUAAACCAAAUUUUGCCAUUUUAAGUUAUGUCACUUUGGCAGAUUCAUUUCUCAGCUGCUUGUUUGGACAAUAUUGGAGACCUUUGGUUUGUUUUGGUAAAUAUAAGAACAUGGAAAUUCAGCUUUUAUAUCGACACUAGUAUCUGAAAACCUUCAAACGACAAUGAACGAGUUCCAAAACUGUGUUCCAUCUGCAGAGUCUCUCUCAGUCUCUAAGAAAAAAAUAAAAACCAGCUCUUCACUGAACACCUUGGCACAACACAACGCCAACAAAACCCAAAAAACAAACAAAAAACCCCAAAUCCUAUUACAUCUGCACCGCCUGUCAGCACCACGGUCCUAUUAUCACUUGAACUGGUUUUAUGGCUCUUUUUCAGGUUGUUUUCUCCUGACUAUAUCCCUGCUUCUGUCAUAUCUACUCUCAGAUGUACGUCGUUUUGGAUAAAAGCAUCUGAUAAAUGAAACUGCAUAAACUGUAAACCUGAACCUCACCUGAUCUCAGUGUGAAGCUGUGAUUUGCUGCAGGCUUUUCUAAAGCCUGCAGCCAAAGUUUCUAGUCAGACCACUUGGAUUACUAUAUCUUCAAAGAUUAGUGUAGAUUUUUAAACAAAAAGAAAAACCCUGCCUCCCCCAGCUUUAAGGGAAUCUGUUUUGUGUGUUUAAAGUGUUAAAUUUCAGCUUUUAGGCUUUAAAAGUCUUAGGGGAGGUGAAUAUUACAGUCUGAGGCUGGCUUGUUUUGUGCAGUAAUUUUAAUUCAAUUAUCAAAGAAUUUUAUUGCUAAAAAUAUACGUAUAUAUAUGCUCCUUGUGGAUCCACAAACACUGUCUGUGUUGACUGCUGUGAGACUUAUGGGUUAACAGAUAUUUUAUUUGAAGUUGUCUCUGACUGGACAUAAAAUUUCAUAAUAAUUCAUAAUAAUGUUAAUAAUUAUCAUUAUUUAAUUAUACAAGUUAGUAAUUAAUGCACAGAAGUCACACUGCUUAUUUUUUAUAUUUUGCGUUCUGUAUUUAUCUUUUGAAUCAUAGAAUUUUAUUCUUAUUGUGUUUGCAAAGGGGGGCUGCACAGUAGGUAGUGGUUAGCACUUUCGCCUUGCAGCAAGAAGGUCCCUGGUUCGCGUCCUGGCUUUCCCGGGAUCUUUCUGCAUGGAGUUUGCAUGUUCUCCCUGUGCAUGCGUGGGUUUUCUCCGGGUACUCCGGCUUCCUCCCACAGUCCAAAAAUAUGCUGAGGUUAAUUGAUCAUUCUAAAUUGCCCGUAGGUGUGAAUGUGUGAGUGAUUGUUUGUCUAUAUAUGUAGCCCUGUGACAGACUGGCAACCUGUCCAGGGUGUCCCCUGCCUUCGCCUGAGUCAGCUGGGAUAGGCUCCAGCCCCCCCCGUGACCCUAAUGAGGAUUAAGCGGUGUAUAGAUAAUGGAUGGAUGGAUGUUUGCAAAGGGCUUUAUUAUAAUAAUGUAUCUUCUACCAUACUGCUGAGAUUGUUUGUUUUAUACAACAUUUUUUUAACUGCAUUUUUAUUGCUUAUUUAUGUAUUUUUCUACAGUAACUUCAUAUUAAAAUGUUCAAAAUGUCA